AUGGCAUUCUGUGAUGGCAGACCCGAUACCACAUACAUUUACGUAAACGUUGGAUUUGGAUUUCAUGUUCAAUUAACUUUGGAAGAGGCAGUCGAAUUUAUCGAGAAAAAGGAAAAGAUGUUACAAAGUAAAUCUGAUAAAUACACUCAAGAAAUUGCCAAAAUUAAUGCACACAUUAAAUUGGUCUACGGAGCUUUGACUGAUCUUAUGAAUCUGCAAGGGAGCGAAGAAGAAGAACUGCGAGAUGAUUUGUUUAUAUAG